AUGAAGACCAUUCUCAAGGUUGGAAGGUGUUAUGAAAGGCUGGUGAAGGAAUUUCUGGUGAAUCUUUCUGUGGAAGUGGGACUUCCUGAAAGUGUUGAGUUUAGAAAGGUUUAUGUGAGGGCUAAGUGUGUUGAGUUCUCUCCUGCUGUAAUCAACAAAGCACUUGGAAGAAGUGUUGUUGAAUUUGUUGAUAAGGAAUUGUCCUUGGAUGUGACUGCCAAGAAGAUUACUGCUGGCCAAGUCAAGAAGUGGUCUAUCAAGAAGUUGUUGUCCACUAGAAAUCUGAGUGUGAAGUAUGUCAUCCUUAACAGGAUUGGGGCUGUGAACUGGACCUUGAAACAUGCUGACACUUAUGCUGUGAAGUUGCCAGUCUCAUUUCCAUCUCUUCUUACAAAAAUCAUCCUCCAGCAGCAUCCUCAGAUCAUCAGGACUGAUGAGGUUGCUAUGCCCAAGGGUGUUCCAAUUACCCUGGAUCAUCGUUUGUUCAUGGAGCCGCAUGUCCCAAACAUUGUUGUACCAUCUAGCAGGACUUAUGCCCCUACACCUGUGAGUGAAUCUAGCACUAAGCUCAAUAUUGCUGAAUUGCAGGAUGUCUCUAAGGCUCUGCAGGAGACUAUCAAGAUCAGCACUGCUAGGAAGUUGAAGGUUGAUGCUUUGCUCCUCAAGCUUCUAGAGGAAGAUAUGUCCGUGACGAAGUCGACCGACAAGACCUGGGAGACUCAUGUGCAUGAGGCGAAUUGGGGUGUGGCUGGAGCUAACGAUGGGUACCAGGGCCAGAGUUAUGACGACGGUGUUGCCAACUUUCGUAGGCUAGACCAGCAGGGGUGGUGA